AUGGACCCAAGUCUUCCACAAACAUCACAAGCUACGUCUGUGGGAAAGAGUAUCUCUACCAGGCCAGGUCGGCACCGAGCCACAGCUUCUUGUGCUGAAUGUCGCCGCCGGCGCAUUAAAUGUGACGGCCUCACAACGCCAUGCCGUCAAUGUGUCUACUAUGAAGUCGCUCACCUCUGCCAUUAUCCCCCGCGAAAGCAAAGGCGGAAUGUAUCAUGGAGGUCCUACGACGAGCUUUCCAACUCCCAUGCAAAGCUCCAGGGGCUAGUCGAUAAAUUGUUCCCAUCUUGCUCGCUCGAUGACCUCACAUCCAUGUCGCGCAUUGGGUUGGUAGGAAAAGCACAGGCAUUAUUGCAAUCUUCUAUCGCUUCAGUGACUGAUGAUCAAUCUGAGGAUGACCUUCAAGAUCUGGAGCCGCCCCCUGAGCGCGAUUUCACCUGGGAUGAAGUCUCAGAUGAUGAUAGUGAUGUCUCACGCAUUGCAGACGACAUUAAUGGUCUCGCAGUAUCUCUGGACUCGUUAAACUCCUACAAUGCAUCUUACUUGGGUUUCUCUUCCGUUCCAACCAUAUUACGCGUCAUUGCCCAUCUAUCACCUCGCAUCCGUCAGGUAGUACCUCCCAGCCCUGAAACCUGGAAAACUACUGCACCUACAAGUGGGAGUCCAGAAAGCAAUGCAUCCUGCGAUGUUGAUGAGGUAUCUUUGAUCAACGCGUACUUUUUGCAUGUCCAUCCUAUCACGCCGAUGAUCGACGAAGUUGAUUUUCGGCAGCGCUUCGCCGACGGAGAGGUUCCUGAGAAUCACAAAACCUCAUGGCUCGCUUUGUUCAAUAUUGUUCUUGCGAUGGGUUGCUUCGCCUCGGAUAAUUCGCAGUUCAGCAAACACCAUUUCCUUUACAAACGUGCUUUGACACAUCUGAAUAUGUCAUCGUUUGGCUCUGGGCACAUCUACACCGUUCAAGCCUUAGCCCUCUACGGGGGCUGGCUGCUUCACUACUUGAACAAGCCUAAUACAGCUAGUGCGGUCAUGGGGGCUACUCUUCGUAUGGCUGUUGCUAUGGGCUUGCAUAGGGCACAAAUGCCGAGACAUUAUCCGGUCAAUGCCCAGGGUUCUGGGCACAGCUCUAUAGUCACCAGGAUACGUACUUGGUGGUGCAUCUUCUGUCUGGACACAUGGGCUGCCGCAACAUUGGGUCGUCCUGGGCUUGGAUAUUGGGAUCCUGGCACAGUUUUAACGUCAUCAACAUCCUUAUUGGCAAGCAUGGAUUACGGUACGAUCUCACUUACUGCGAAUGAGCAAUUUUGCAAGAUCGCAACGCGAAUCCAAGAGCGACUUGUCGAGAUGCCUUUGAUAACAUCGGAUGAGAUCCAUGACUUUGAUGCGGAGCUAUUGAAGUGGCGAGGAUCUCUACAUGUGUUCCUCGCCGAUGCUCAACACUGCCCACCUCCUCUGCGUGUUGCGCGAGCAAUGUUACUGUGUCGAUUCAUGACCACCCGCCUGACCCUUUAUCGACCAUACUUAUUGAGUGCAGCAAUACAUCGAAAGCAAUGGUCUCAUGCCACCCAACAAGGGGGAGCAUUAGUUGCCAAGUGUCUUGAAAUUGCUCGAGAUGGCGUCGACACCAUAGCCUCGGACUGGUUUCCGAACCACAUGUUAUGUUGGAAUCAUGCCUGGCAUCUCUUCCAGAUCUCAUUGGUUCUGGUUCUUGCGGCCGUCUCAGAUACAAGCGGGGCGGAAAGUGAGCUUUGCAGUGAGUAUAUCACUAAAUCACUGGAUCUCCUUGCGCAGAUGGAGCCAUUCGAUGCUGGGGCCACACGAGGUCGACGAGUUGUCCAGCUUCUGCAUGACAAUAUUCGGAAUGGAGAACAUCCUAUCCCUACUAUGAAUUUUGAUGCAUCUACCUCUUUGAUUCUUGACUUUUACGAUGAGGAAAUGAUGGGAACCGAUGCCGAGUGGGUCAACUUUCUCUGUGGCUAUGACUGA